AUGUCUGUACUGAGUGACACUUUGCAUGCUGCAAAUGGGAACGAAGAAACAGUUUCGAAAGCAGACAUGUGUCCUCGCAGACUUUCAAGAGUUUCGCGCUUGAGGGAUAUGUUCCAAACUGGCGUUGUAAAGCCAAUCGACGAUACUGAAGAUGGAUUUGAUAUAGAAAGCCCCGUAUUUUCAGCAUACGCCUGUCCUGAUUUCGAAAGGUUUUCAAGGGCCUUUCCGGGGUCUCCACCUAUGAAAACUCUGCGCAAUCAUCGAACAACUCUAAAUAAAAAUGAAUCGACCCAACAUAGUACUACGUCAUCCAGAUCAGUUGAUGGAAGUUUUUCUAUACCUGAAUCACUUUCUCCUCUUAAAUCUCCACCCACAAGACCUCCUAAGCCUCGUAAUAUAUCUUUGUCGAAAUCUGCUGUUCUUGAAGAGGUGAAACUAAAACCAAUUUCUUCGAAAAUCGCUGCUGAAAAUACAUCUUGUAAUGGCGUUACAGAACCGGUGAAAAUUUCCAACUAUUCGAUUACUAACGUUGGUAAUAGCACAGAUAAUCAACCGUCGACAGUCAAAGUAAAUGGAAGUUCGUUAAACUCAACUACCACUCGAAAUUCAACUCCUGUAACUAUUAUCAAAGCAGGGCCGCAACAAAAAUUCAAAGAUCCCGUUGAAUGUUUGUCAUAUGCUUCCAUAACUCCUUUAUACUCGUCUAACAAGAAUGGGAAGACAACUGAAAAUGAUGUAAAUAAUGCUAUUAAUAAUGACGUUCAUAGCCAGUCCUUCGAAACAACCAUUCAACCCUCCGAAGACUUAAAUUCACAAUCAACUCAUUCCACAUGCAAUUCUUCUAUUGAUCAUCAAUGUACAUUACCAAAUUCUUCGGAUAUCCAGGAUUUUGUUCUUCGACCUGAAGCAUUUCACAAGUCUCCAUUUCCUGAAAUUGUAUGUAAAGAUAAGAUUGAUGAUCUUCCUGUACUUCAACAUGCUGAACCUGUUGCAGUAAAUGCCGAAGAUGAUGACGAUGGUUUGGAUGAAAAAAUUGAGAAUACUGAAAACUCUUUUGAAAUUGUUAUUAGUUCAUCUCAAUGUAAUGCAUCGUUUAGUCCAUUGAUCACCUUACCUGUUCCGAAGGGAUUAAAUGUUGUGGCAGUUGAUGACGAUGGUGUUCAUAUUUUUGAAGACGGUAAUUUCCUGUACGCUCUUCCUGGAUUAACUGAUAAGUAUUCAGAUGAUUCAGAUUUUUAUGACUCACGUGAAGAUAUUACCAAUAUUUCCGACCUAAUAUCUCCUUCAUAUACCGCCGAAAAAGUAAACGAUGAAGAAAAUGCUAAAACAAAUAUAGAAAAAGUCCUUUCAGUAUCUUCAUCUAAUUCACCAAAAUCAAUAACUACAAGGAAAUUAGUCAAUAAACGUUCAGGUAGCAGUGAUAGUCUAGUCAAACAACCAAGAGUUCGAUUUAGUUCUGAACCAAUCUUGGUGUUCAGUACUCAUUCCACUACAGAUUAUAAUCGUAGAAAUGAAGAAAUAGAUCCAUUGUCUGCUUCAGCAGAAUAUGAAUUAGAAAAACAUCUUGAAGAUAUGGAUAUGUUUGAAAUCGAUUUCCGUAAAGGUGUAAAUGGUCUCGGUAUUAGCAUAGUUGGUUCCGGUGUUGAUACUUCAUCUGGUGAACAGAAAUUAAGCAUAUUCAUUAAAUCACUUACUCCUGGAGGUGCUGCAGAGGCUGAUGGUCGUAUUCAAGUAUACGAUCAAAUUGUUCAGGUAGAUGGCCAUAGUUUGGUUGGUGUCUCUCAACAAUUCGCAGCUCAAGUACUCCAAAAUACUGGGGAAAUCAUUCAUUUUGUUAUAGCCAGAGAAAAAGAUCCACCUAAUUCUCGUAUAGCAAAGAUAUUGACAGAGAAACAACAAGAGGAAGAUGAAGAGAAUAAUAAAGGAGAGGAAAAAGCAGUUGAGAAAGAGUUAAAGUGGAAUAAUAAUUCAUCUGAUAAAUACCAAGAAUUUGUGUCCACUCAGACCGAUAAUCCUGUAAACUUAUCAGGUGGCGAUUCUACCGAAGCUUUACAUAAUUUGAUUGCAGUAGCUACACGAUCAUUAAAAGAAGCUAAACAAUGGGACAAGGUUGAUGAUGACGACAAUGAUGAGGAGGAUGCGAUAGCUAUUGAUGAAAGUAGUAUAGAUUGUGAUAUGGAAUAUCUUAAUGUUAAUAAUAACAAUGAUACAAAUGAUUCAUCACCUAUAAACAGUCUUUUUCAGCAGUUUAGAAAAUCUUCAAGUGGUGGUGAUAAUGUAAAAUCACUAAAUGGUUAUUCCACUGACCUAAAUUAUCAACAUUCUAGCCCUCGAUCAGCAUUAAAAGGUACAGCAACUGCAGCGUCGACUCGUCGGCGUAAUGAAGCUAUCAUGGAGUAUAUUCGUCAAGCUGUACUUAUCCAAGACAAUGUACAUUUACCAACUAAUCUAAUUAAUAAAACUGACUAUACUGAUAAAAGUCAAAAUUCAAAUAUAACGACAGACUCUCUUAAUACAGUAUCUUGGGCACUAGCUAGUGAAUUGCAUGAUCAUAGAAUUCAACUACGAAAAUUCCAAUCACGUAAUCGAAAUCUAGAACAACGUUUGACUGCUCAAGAAGCUGCAGCGGAUGAAGCAAUAGAAAGACUUUGUCUACGUUGUCGUCAUUUGGAAUUAGAGCUUAAACAAUCACAACAAAAAUGUUCUCAACUAAUGUCACCAAAACAGCAGAAUAUUUCAAACUCUAAUAACUACUCUCUGGGAGCUAAUAACUUAUGUAAUCCAAUAUAUCAUUCAUCAAUGUUGAAUGCCUCGUCGUACAAAGAAGAUGAUGGAGUGGUGGUAUCUGGAGAAAAUCCCGAUGUUGUAUUGAAGAAAUGUUUUGGUUUAAAUGACACUGAUGAAUCUAUAGUUUCAUUUACAAAUCGUGGGAGUCCCAAGGCGUCAAUAUAUGGACCUUAUUCGUCUGAUGAUCAAGAUAAAGUUGAAGUGGACGGUUCUACCGCUAACUCUGUGAAUCUUGUAAAGGAUGGUUAUUCAACUACUGUAGAGUUACCAUUAUUUGUUAGACAAGUGGAAGAUCGAACUCGAAUUGUCAGUUCGGGUGGUCUAGCUGGUCGACGUCCACCUACAAAAAUUGUUAUAAAUUCACCGUUCGCCUCAUUGCAUGGGCCCUUUGCUGCUUCAUUAACUGAACCUCGAGUGCCAUCGGUCAAAAAUCCAUUUAAUUCUGAUAACAAUGACUCUUGCUUGAAUAAAUCAUCUAAUACAUCUCAACCUCCGCGUCCUGUUCCUUCACAUUCAUUUGUCUUCCAUCGUUCUUCUUCAAAUGAAAGACAAGCUUCUUCAUGUCAGUCGAAAUCAACAACUAACAGUUUAGUAGAUUCAAAAAUCAAUUCAACACAGAAGACACCUUCACGUAAACCAGUUGGUGGUUAUCAACUACCAGGACUUUCAGAUAACUCGUUUUCCAGUGUUCUCCGACGUACUAAUAUUUGUACAGAUCUAAUUGUUGGUAAUUACUUCUUUCAGUCAUUGAUGAAGACCUCAAAAGUGUACUUAUCUAAUAUGUGGAUGGAUAAAAGUUAUUACCUAAAUUAA